CACAAUGACUUGGAUCUAACAGCCUAAAUGGGAAGAUGGGAAUUUCUGCAGCAUUGAGGAAGCCGUUAAACUCCUGUUAAGCAAACUUUUUUUUUUUUAAUGUGUCUGUGCACACGACAGACCUCUCUCACGGACCAGAAAUUAUUUCUGAUAAUCCAGGAUAUACCAAAAGCUUGAAGACAUAUGGCUGGGAAAUGAAACAACCCUGGAGUGUGGCCACAUCAUUAUUUUGUGUCGCAUGGUACCAGAUGGACAGUUGGUGAAUGGCGCUGGGAUGUGAAUGGACAGUUUUAUAACGUGAAUUUUUCCCCCAUAGAGCUGAAACAGACAUUUCCCUCUCUUGUCUUUUGGUCUCUAGCACUCGGAAUUUCCCCCUCUCUGCAAUAUCAAUUAACUCAACUUUGCAGUGGGGUGGCCAAAAAGGAAGAGGAUGAAGAGGGCUUUAUAAUCUUGUAAGUGCUGGGCGAGUCACAGCGCCCCGGGAACUGCGGCUGCGACCCGCCGCGUCCUGUGCGGAUUUCAGGACACACCGCGCGCAGGCGGUUAUGGAGUGGACAGUGCAUUUGAACCACGGAGGAUAGACACCCGAGCUCGGGAGGGGUGUGCCGAUCUCCAGGCAGCCUUGGAGGCCGCUGCUGACUCUCGCCUUAGCAUUUGAUUACCAUUUUCAUCGUUCUUGAAAAGUCAUGGAAGACGGCCCGCUGCCCGACCUCAGAGACAUCGAGCUGAAGCUGGGACGCAAAGUGCCCGAGAGCCUACUGCGCUCGCUCCGCGGGGAGGAGCCGGUCCCCCCGGAGAGGGACCGAGACCCCGGAGGGGGGAGCGGGGGCGGCGGCAGCGGCUGCAGCAGCACCAGUAGCCGCUGCAGUUUCCCACUCUCCUUGUCGUCCUCCUCGUCGUCCUCCCCAGCCUCUGGCUCCCCACAGCCCAGCCACCCCAGUAGCACCCUGGAGAGGCUGGAAACCAAGCUUCACCUCCUCAGGCAAGAGAUGGUUAACCUCAGAGCCACAGACGGGAAGCUCAUGCGCCAGCUGCUCCUCAUCAAUGAGAGCAUCGAGUCCAUCAAGUGGAUGAUUGAAGAGAAAGCCACCAUCACCAGCCGAGGCAGCAGCCUGAGUGGCAGCCUGUGCAGCUUACUGGAGAGUCAGAGCACCUCCUUACAUGGCAGCUACAACAGCCUCCAUGAGGGCAGUGACGGGCUAGAUGGCAUCUCCGUGGGGAGCUACCUGGACACUUUGGCAGAUGACGUCCCAGGCCACCAGACGCCCUCAGACUUGGACCAGUUCAGUGACAGUUCAGUCAUAGGGGACUCGCACGCACUGUACAAGCGUCCCAAAUUGGAUUCCGAAUACUACUGCUUUGGCUAAUGCCCCAGUUUUUUGCAUGGGAUUGGUGUGCAAUUAACUUGUAUUUAUCCUCCUUCUCCGCUGCUAUAUUUUUGGUGUGUGUGUGGUUUUUUGUUUUUUUUUUAGUACGACAACCUUUUAAAAGGAAGCUUAUUUUGAAUGGCUUGAUGGUAUUUCUGUUGCUCCUAGUAUUUCUCAUCUGGACUGAUUUCUCUUUCUCUCUUAAGUCUCUCUAUUUAUUACGAUGAUUUUUCUCCCUUCUUUCACAGUGGCACAAAUAAAGUAGGGGGAAAAGAAUAAGCAAUAAUUAUAUCUUUGCUUUUGUUUUCAGAGCAAGGGGUCAGGGAUUACAAGGUAAACUUCGCUAAAUUUUACAAUAAACCAAAGUCUGAUAAUAGCUGA